GAUGAAAAUUGUAAUUUGUCCAAAAGUGAAAGAAAUACGUUCCACGGUAGCUGGGAGCACCAGGAAAAUCGUGGAAAACCCAAAAAUGAAGGUUGCUCCGAAAGUAAUACUACUCUUCGACGACGCCGACGGCCUCGGCUCCGCCUUCUACGGCGCUCUCCAGCCAAACCUUGGAUCUAAUCUCAAAAUUCUUAAUAAUUCUUUUGAGCUUUCCUUGGAGCGCUAUGGAGUCAAAGACCGCAAGGCAUCUGGCCAAAUUCUGCACUUUCUAAAUGCCAAUGGCCUCUAUGAGGUUUCCAUCUUGCUCCUUCAGAAUUAUGAGCCUCCAAUUUUAGCUUGUGCUCUUAAUGAAGUUCUGAUGUCAUUAGCAGGAGUUGAUUUCUCUACCAUGCCUACUCUUGUAGUUCCUUUUGUCGUUCCUGAGUCUAAGCUUAAGUUAGAAAACAGGUAUUUGGUGACAAGUGAAGAGUAUUCAGUUUAUGGCAUUAAAUUAGGCCCAACGACUGAUGUAACUCAGGACUUGAGCUCCACAUUGCAAACACCACCACCAUCAAUGAAGAUUAAUCAUGAAAAUCUUGCUUGCCUGCUUCAUUUGGCCAAUGUCAUCAAGCUUCCUACACUUGUGCUGAUUGGUCGAAGCAGUCAGCACUUACUCCAUAAAACCAAUAAAGAGGAGCUUGAGGUAAAACCAUUAUUUAAAAGUCUGAUUGCUUAUUUUUCUGUGCAUUGUAAUUUAAAUACUUAUAUUGUCUUUUGUCUAAGAUAUGGAGACAUUAUGAUGAUUCUUCAAUAUGAAUCAUAUGUUGCUGUCUUUGUUCCCCAAGCUGUAAGCUGGUAUGGUUUUAAGAAUUAAAAUUUAAGAUUGCGGGAAUAUUCAAGAAACAGGCCCUUUAUACUAAAUCAUAUCAAAUUCCAGACCCAAAAGUGUCAAUAAUAUUAUUUUGGUUCGAAUGCCUCCAAUGGAGGAGUAUUUUCUCAUUAAAUAACAAAAUUAUCCUUGAUUAUAGUCUACAAUUAGCCUACAAUUAGGGGUUAAACAAAGUAGGAAAUUAAUUAAGGAAACUAUACACGUAACUAUCUCCUAAUGAAAAGAUUCGAUUUACAUAUUUACAAUAGUUGCCUAGUUCAUACUUCUAGUUGAGAUUCUCCCUCAAAUUGAUGUUAGUUGAUUAAGAAGUAUCAAUUCGUCAAUCAUAAACUGAUGGCAGUGGUGAGAUAAAGCUUUAGUAAAGACAACAACUGUUUGGUGCUUGGUGGAGAUGUGAGGAAGAGUAAUUUCAUGGCGAACAAUGGCUUCACGAGUGGAAUGAUGAUCCACUUCAAUAUGCUUGGUAUGCUCAUGAAAUACUGGAUUAACAGCAAUCUGAAUAGCACUUGUAUUAAGAGGAGUCGGGGAAAGCUAUAGAACACCAAGUUCACCUAAUGAUCCUCAGAGCCAAAUAUUUCAAAGUGGCAGACGACAUGGCACGAUAUAUUACCUCAGUAGAAGACUUCGAGAUGCAGUCCUAUUUCUUACUCUUCUAGGAAAUGAGAGCAUUACCAAGAAAUAUACACCAUCCUGUAAUAGAAUGAGUAUCAUCCCAACCAGUCCAAUAUGCAUCACAAUAUUCCCAACAACUACAAUGAAGUUCCAGACGGAUAUUAAAAAGCUCGUCGGAGGUACGUUUAAGAUAUCAAAGAAGAUAAUGAGCAGCAGCCAAAUGGUUCUGGCAAAGAGCUUGCAUAAGCAGACCGAUUUGUUGGAUUGCAAAGGAAAUGUGAGGUUUGAUAAUGGUCAAAUAAUUCAAACUGUCCACCAACUGUCGAUACAUCAUCGGAUUAGAUAAGGAAUUGCUAAUAUCCUGGCCCCACUUUAAAUUAACUUCCAUAUAGGUGUAAGAAUAGAAUUACUGUCCUAAAGACCGGCUUAAUGAGAGUAGCUCGUGUAUACUUAUUUUGAUGCAUGAUGGGUCUUUAGAUCGUUAUAAGGCACGAUUGGUAGCCCUUGGGAAUAGACAAAAGUAUGGGGUGGAUUAUGAAGAGACUUUUGUCCUAGUUGCCAAGAUGACUACGGUCCGGACUAUUAUCUCUAUUGCCGUUUCUCACGGUUGGCCACUUCAUCAAAUGGACGUCAAAAACGCCUUUCUUCACUGUAAUCUUAAAGAAGAUAUUUAGCCCCCAUUAAAACUCAUCAAUUUAAUUUAACUUUUUCUCUAUCUUAUUUUCAACUACAUAAUCUUUAAUAAAAUAAUAUUACAUGCAAAUCGAAAACUUUUCAUUCUUUUACAACCAUCUAUUUUUCAAAAAAAAUACUAUUCCCUCCAUUAGAAAUCCAAAUAAAGGGGGCCAAAUGAUAUGUUACAUGGCACCACCUCCUGGACUAACUGCUACUUAUCCCUUGGAUGUCUGCAAGUUGAAACACUCAUAAUAUGGGUUGAAAUAAACUCCACAUGCUUGGUUUGACAAGUUUCGGACUACCUUACUUCAGUUUUCAUUCCAGCAGAGCCGAUAUAAUUCUUCCUUGUUACUUUGCCAGACUUCUAGAGGCAUUACCCUUCUCCUUGUCUAUGUUGAUGAUAUUGUUAUUACUAGAACAGAUUCCUCCUUAAUUACUUCUUUACAACAACAUCUUCAGACUUCAUUCCAUAUGAAGAACCUUGGUCUUCUUUUGUACUUCAUAGGGUUAGAAGUUCACACUGAUCCUUCUGAUGUAUUCUUAACUCAACAUAAGUACACACAAGAUUUGAUUCUGUUGGCUGAUGUCCAGGAUUCAUCUUCUAUAGAUACUCCUAUGGAAGUCAAUAUAAAGUAUCUCUAUGAGGAAGGUGAUUUUCUAUUUGAUCCCACUAUGUAUCAUCAACUUGUGGGUAGUUUGAAUUAUCUAACUAUUACUUGACCGGAUAUUUCGUUCGCGGUCCAGCAGGUUAGCCGGUUCAUGCAAACUCCACGCCAUCUUCAUUUGGAUACUGUUCGUCGUAUCAUUCGAUACCUUCGAGGCACACCUAGCCGUGGUUUAUUUUUUCCUGUAAGGACUCCUCGUCUCAAUGCUUAUGGUGAUGCAGAUUGGGCCAGAUGUCCUGACACCCAGAGGUCCAUCACUGGCUGGUGCAUGUUUCUAGGUGAUUCUCCGAUAUCACGGAAGAGUAUAAAAUAGGCUCGUGUUUCUAAAUCAUUUAUUGAAAUCGUGCGAUUUCUGUUGCAUGCUCCGAGAUUAUUUGGCUUAGUGGCCUUCUAGCUGAGAUUGGUUUUCCACAGUCUACUCCUACUCCCCUUCAGAUUGAUGACACGAGUGCUAUUCAAAUUGCUUUUAAUCUGGUUUACCAUAAGUGUACAAAGCACAUUGAGGUGGAUUGCCAUUCUAUUCGGGAGGCCUUGGAUACUCAUAUCAUUUCUCUUCCUCAUGUUUCUACAGCCCUCCAGAUAGCUGACAUUUUUACAAAGGCCAUGACUUGACAUUGUCAUCGAUUUCUUGUGAGCAAACUGAUGCUUCUUGAUCAACCAGCAUCAAUUUGAAGGAGAUGUCAAUUGGAUGGCGAUGUCAAUUGGAUGGUAUGUCUGGAAUUAUUAAUGUAUGUAUGAGAUAAUAGUGAUAGAUUUCAAAUUGUUAGGCAUGAAUUAUGUGAUAGCAAAUAGUUAGGCAUGUGUCAUGUUGUAAAUAGCAGAUAGUUAGGUGUGAGUUAUGUAAUUAGCCUUUGUAAUUGCCUUGACUCUUUCUAUUUAAUGGAAGGAAACCUCACAUUGAGGGGAUUCAAUCCAAAAUCAAUAAUUCUUACACAAACAACCACCAGAUAUGCACAACCCAAAUGAAUCACUGAACAAUCUAAUAAAAUUAAUCACCCAGAAACACGACGCCACCAACACUCUCGGGAAAUCGCUGAUAACCAAGAAAAUGGAUCGCCGGCAGCAAUAGCUGAAAACACCGACUGAAUAUCACAGACAAUCAAGAACACAGAUCACCGGCAGCAAGAACUAAAAACACCGACAGCCCACCAAAUGUUUCACGCACCAAAAUCACCGGCAGCCCACAAGUUAAUCACGAAUGGAAUUGUCAGACAGCAAUUCCACCAGAAUUCUGACCUGAAACGUCAGACAAAAAUCAACCAAAUGAGUAAUCUGCAGCCCAGGAUGAAAAUGCUUAACUGGAAUGAUCACUGAUGCCGCCUACACCAAGAACCAACAUGGUUAGUUUUUGAACCAAAAAAACAAGUAUCACUAGACCAAAAUUGAUCUUCAGUGACUCGAAAAAUCAAAGAAAUUUCCUUUAAUUUGAAAGCUUUGAUACCAUGUCAAUAAUAUUAUUUUCGUUCAACGGAGGAGUGUCUUCUCAUUAAAUAACAAAAUUGUCCUUGGUUACAGCCUACAAAGUAGGAAGUUAAUAAAGGAAACUAUACCGUAACUAUUUCCUAAUGAAAAGAUUAGUUUUACAUAUUUACAAUAGUUGCCUAAUUCAUAUUUCUCGCUGAGAAAAAGUAUCUAUUUUUUCCUGUAUUUACCCGGAAAUGUUGCAAAUCUGAUGCACUAUCUGUUUCUUAGCUUGAAUGUGUUAACAAAGAUGCCUAAUCUCUGCUAUAUACUUGUUGAUUAUAGGUAAGAUGUGUGUCUACAUUUGAAGAAUUCCGAACUUUUGUUUAUAAUUAUAGUGCUUGUUUGGAUAAAAUUUAAGUUGUUGAAAAUGUGAUUGGAUAAGUGGUACUAGUUGUGGUUCUAUGAAAUGUGUGGUUAAAAUUAAUGUAUGACAUUGACCAUUAAAUUAUAAGGAAAUUAUAUUGUUUCUCAAACAUGCACAUAGAGUAAAAUCUUUACCAUGCUAGCUCCUUUGUAGCCGGCUGCUUUGUUUUUGUUUUAUUUUUUCUUGUUUUCUGGAGUACAGACUGCUAGACCUAGAUCUCACUAAGAUAUAUUUGUUAUGCAUCCAUCUCUCACAACAUCAUAUGGUUGUCAUCUGUACAAGCUUUGCUGAAAAAUGGUUGAUCAUCCGCUCUCUGAAUAAAAAAAUAAUGCAGUGUGUGAGCGUAAUCUUAUAUAUUCUCAGUUUUUAUUUAUUUACUUCCUUGUGAAUGUUGAUAAAAUUUGUAGCUUGUCACAUAUUUGCUAUUAUCUUCGUACGGUGAUGAAUGUUACUUCAUAAUGUAAUCUUCUUAUAGUGUUCUGUCUUUUAAUGGUAUCUCAUAUUUGGUCUUUUUUGUUCCUCACCUUUCACUGUAACCGUAUGCUGUGGAAUAACAUUGUGGUUUAGUGUUCCUUGAAUGCCUAAAACUUUUUCUCUGUUAUUGUUCAAGUCAAAGACGUCAGUGCUUCUAAACUACUAGGUU